AUGGAACCGGAGGUAAGCAUCGAAGGAUCAUCCAUGAUCCAAGUCGCCGUAAUUCCGAUCGGAACUAUACCGCCGAACGUACUGCGAGACUAUUACUCUAUGCUACUCCCGCUCCACACGAUCCCUCUCUCCGCGAUCAGUUCCUUCUACGCUGAGCACCAGAAAUCGCCGUUCGCACAUCAACCUUGGGAUUCCGGUACUCUCCGCUUCAAAUUCGUUCUCGGCGGUGCUACUCCAAGUCCAUGGGAGGAUUUCCAGUCUCACCGUAAAACCCUCGCUGUCGUCGGCAUUGUUCAUUGUCCUUCCUCGCCGGAUCUCAAUGCCGUCGUCGAUCAAUUUGCGAAUUCGUAUAAAUCUUACCCUUCCUCGCUCGUUGAACGAUGCUUCGCCUUUUACCCUAACGAUUCACAGCUCGAUGAGGGAAGUAAGAGAAGUGGAAAUUUGAGAUUGUUUCCUCCAGCAGAUCGUGCAUCGUUAGAGUUUCAUCUGAAUACUAUGAUGCAAGAAGUAGCUGCUUCUUUGCUUAUGGAGUUUGAGAAAUGGGUUCUUCAAGCGGAGUCUUCUGGAACUAUUCUCAAGACGCCAUUGGAUUCUCAAGCUAGUCUCAGCUCAGAGGAGGUUAUCAAGGCCAAAAAGAGGAGACUUGGGCGUGCUCAAAAGACCAUUGGUGAUUACUGCUUGCUGGCAGGUACUCCUGUUGAUGCUAAUGCUCAUUAUUCUACUGCAUUAGAACUUGGGAGGUUGACUGGGGAUUACUUCUGGUAUGCUGGAGCAUUGGAGGGUAGCGUUUGUGCCUUGCUGAUUGACCGAAGGGGCCAGAAAGAUUCAGCCUUAGAGGAUGAAGUUAGAUAUCGUUAUAAUAGCAUCAUCUUGAAUUAUAAGAAGUCACAAGAUAAUACUCAGCGAGUUUCUCCCAUAACUUUUGAACUUGAAGCUACUUUGAAAUUAGCGAGGUUCCUUUGCAGGAGAGAGCUGGCCAAGGAGGUGGUAGAGUUGUUGACCACAGCUGCAGAUGGUGCUAAAUCUUUAAUUGAUGCAAGUGAUAGACUCAUACUAUACAUUGAAAUAGCUCGUUUGUAUGGCAGUCUUGGAUACCAGAGAAAAGCCGCCUUCUUUUCAAGGCAGGUUGCUCAGUUAUAUUUGCAGCAAGAAAAUAGGCUGGCUGCAAUUAGUGCGAUGCAAGUUUUGGCAAUGACCACAAAAGCUUAUCAUGUUCAAAGUAGAUCAUCAAUCUUGGAUCAUUCUAUUCAUAAUAAGGGAAAUGGAUCAGAUAAAGCUGAUGGUGGGAAAAUACAUCACCAAUCAGUUGUCUCGUUGUUUGAGUCUCAAUGGAGUACCAUCCAGAUGGUUGUAUUAAGAGAAAUUCUGCUCUCUGCAGUUCGUGCUGGAGACCCUCUAACUGCAUGGAGUGCAGCGGCACGACUACUUAGGUCCUACUAUCCUCUAAUAACUCCCGCUGGGCAAAAUGGCCUUGCUAAUGCACUUUCAAAUUCGUCUGAGAGGCUACCAUCAGGGACUCGUUGUGCUGAUCCUGCUUUACCUUUUAUAAGGGUGCAUUCCUUUCCUGUCCACCCAAGACAAAUGGACAUUAUAAAACGUAAUCCUGCUAGAGAAGACUGGUGGGUGGGUUCUGCUCCUUCGGGCCCUUUCAUUUACACGCCAUUCAGUAAAGGAGAUACAAAUAAUAUCAAGAAACAAGAGCUUGUUUGGAUUGUUGGAGAGCCGAUCCAGGUUUUAGUGGAAUUGGCAAACCCAUGUGGCUUUGAUUUAAGAGUCGAUAGCAUCUAUCUGUCUGUGCAUUCAGGAAAUUUUGAUUCUUUUCCUGUGAGCAUAAGCCUUCUACCAAAUUCUUCAAAAGUGAUUACCUUAUCUGGCAUUCCAACGUCAGUGGGGCAAGUUACAAUUCCUGGGUGUAUUGUUCAUUGCUUUGGUGUUAUUACCGAACACCUGUUUAGAGAGGUCGAUAAUCUGCUUCUUGGGGCUGCACAAGGGCUCGUCCUUUCUGACCCUUUCCGAUGCUGUGGAUCUCCAAAGUUGAAGAAUGUAUCUGUUCCAAGUAUUUCUGUAGUACCGCCACUUCCAUUGCUGAUAUCACAUGUUGUUGGAGGUGAUGGGGCCAUCAUUUUGUAUGAAGGAGAAAUUCGUGAUGUGUGGAUAAGUCUGGCUAAUGCAGGCACAGUUCCUAUUGAGCAAGCACAUAUAUCAUUGUCAGGAAAAAAUCAAGAUUCCGUAAUUUCAUAUUCUUCUGAAACAUUAAAAUCUCGCCUCCCUCUAAAGCCUGGAGCAGAAGUGACAUUCCCCGUGACUUUGCGAGCCUGGCAGGUUAGCGUGGCAGACGCAGAUAGUGCAAGGCAUUCCAAAGAUGGAAGUUUCCCAUCGCUAUUGAUCCACUACGCUGGUCCACUGAAAACGUCUGAAGAUCCAAAUGCUGUAUCCCCCGGUAGACGCCUUGUUGUUCCUCUGCAGAUUUGUGUUUUGCAGGGUUUGUCUUUUGUGAAGGCUCAGCUGCUUUCAAUGGAAUUUCCUGCUCAUGUUAGUGAAAGUCUUCCUAAGUUUGAUGAUAUAAGUAAUAGUCCCACCGGAGAACAUGUUAACUCGGAGUUGAAAAUGGACAGAUUGGUGAAAAUCGAUCCUUUCAGAGGAAGCUGGGGACUGCGUUUUCUCGAACUUGAGCUGUCUAAUCCAACUGAUGUUGUGUUUGAAAUUAAUGUCUCUGUCAAACUGGAGAACAGUAACGAGGACAAUCAUUUAGCUGACCAGGAUGCUACAGAAUAUGGCUAUCCUAAAACAAGAAUUGAUAGAGAUUGCUCAGCAAGGGUUCUUGUGCCUCUUGAGCAUUUUAAAUUACCUGUCCUUGAUGAUUCCUUUUUAACAAAGGACACUCAAACAGAUGGGAUUGGUGGAGGAAGAACUGCAUCGUUCUCUGAAAAGAGCAGCAAAGCCGAACUCAAUGCUUGUAUCAGGAAUCUUGUAUCUAGGAUUAAGGUUCAUUGGCACUCAGGACGCAAUAGCUCCGGAGAGUUAAAUAUCAAGGAUGCUAUCCAGGCUGCUCUACAGACAUCAAUCAUGGACGUGUUGCUGCCAGAUCCACUGACAUUUGGCUUCAGGCUUGUUAGAGAUGGUUUUGAAUCAAAUAAUCCUGAUUCUGUCAAAGAAUCUGCUUUACCUGAAUCCCCUGCUUCCAAAAGUUCUGUCCUUGCACAUGAAAUGACACCAAUGGUAGCUGUGGUCCGCAAUAACACAAAGGAUAUGAUCAAAAUGAAUCUUAACAUUACAUGCAGAGAUGUAGCCGGGGAAAACUGUGUAGAUGGUACCAAAUCAACUGUUCUGUGGACCGGCGUUCUGAGUGAUAUUACCAUUGAAAUUCCUCCACUUCAACAAAUCAACCAUUCUUUCUGCUUGCAUUUCCUUGUCCCAGGAGAGUAUACGCUACUCGCCGCAGCAGUGAUCGAUGAUGCGAAUGACAUCCUCCGGGCUCGUGCUAGGGCAACUUCAGCUUCUGAGCCUAUUUUUUGUCGUGGACCACCAUAUCACCUUCGUGUCCUUGGGAAUGCAUGA